UUACAGAGUGAGGAGGAAGCAGAAGAAGGAUAUAUGGAUCAGCAUUAUGCACAAGAAGACAGUAGAUCUUGUGAAGGAUAUGCUUGUCUGAUGUUUUAUGAGAAGAAUUCUUUUGUAUAUUUCACUGCUGUACCAGUUAAAAUGUUGGCUGCUCUUCUUGAAUACAUCAAAGAUCAUCAUCGUUUUGCUGACAUUGGUCCAAUUUAUUAUUUUCAUUUCAAAUGGUCCAAUGGUUUUAUUGAAUUGAAUUUUAAUGAGAAACCAUCAACUGGUUGGACUGUCAUUCCAUUAAUUAAACCUUGCAGAUUAUAUCAAAAGGAUAUUGAUUCAUUUGAUGGAACUGAUGAGUCUAUUCCUCCAUAUUGUUUCAUAUCAUUUCAAGGAUCACCUAAUGCUGUCCCUACACUACACUACUCAGUACCACUGGUGGGUGUGGUUGAUCCUGUUACAUUAUUUAUUCAUAGAACAUUAAAAAGCACUGCUCCACCAUCUGCACCUUAUACUGGACUGGUGUAUCAUGAGAAGAAGGAAGAUCAACAUUUGGUAAUAUUCACUGCAGCAAGACUCAAGGAUAUCAGUAAUGCUAUAACUUGUAUUGAGAAUCAGUAUCCAUUAGCUAGAAUCAAUCAACUGAUUGGUUUUGAUUUUGAUUCAAAUCAUGAUCACAUUGAAUUGAUAUUUGAUGCUCCUCAAGAUCAGUCAAUCACUGGAUGGACUAUUGAACCUCAUUCCACUAAAUUACUCAAAGAUCAAGUUGAUAGAUUUAGUUUUACUAAAGAUCUUCUUCCAUCUUGUCUGGUAUCAGUGUAUGGAUCACCUGAUGCCGUUCCUACACUACAUUACUCUGUACCACUGGUGGGUGUGGCUGAUCCUAAAACAAUUGAUUUGUUGUUGAAAUCUUCUAUGACGUCAUUACAAG